CCCAUCUCAUGCUGCUGCUUUUGCAGAGCUUCGUUUGUUUAGAAGCAAAGACUUCACAGAAAUCUCGGGUAUCAUUUAAUUGCUGUUACUUUCACAGGUGCAUCAUUUCAAGUAGGCCAGUACUCUUGGAUUUUGGGCAUAUGAGGGUCCAGAUUUAGCAAUGGACGGAACGUACUGCUGCUGCUCAGUGCCUGGAGGGCUGGAUGGAUGGGCCACCUUGGGAUAUACGUGAUGCUGUGCUGUGAAUCUGAAUGGAGAAUCUAUUGCCUCAGGGGCUCCGUACCGAAAUGAACCGCUAAUGAAAGCGCAGCAGACUCCUGAAAAGAAGCACGGAGUGGAACAGGUUUGACAGCCAGCGUGAAGGUCACUUUGAAUUAGUAAAACUGCAACUGCUACAAAUUGCAUUUCGUGUUACAGCACCUCUAAAGCCCCUAAAUAAGAAGUCUCGCUUCUGCUGUGUGUGUAGUGAGAUAGGCCAGACUGAAGAAGUUACAGUCUGAAGAGACAACCCCCUGAGAAAGGCAUCGUGAAUCCCUCUGAGGAGCUAGGAGUGAAGUCACUGCCAGAUCUGUAUCAGGUGCUGAGCACGUUCUUCUUCAAGGACCAUUCUGAGGGCAACGGGGGGAUUGCAGCCAUGCCAAACCUUUGUAAGGGGACAAGAGGCCUUAACACGGUGUUUUCCCUACCAUCCUUUUACAGCCACGAAAAGCUGGGCUUACUUUUGCCCAAAGGUUUGCUAUUUUUCUUACGAUGGAAAGGCUGGUUGUCUAUCUAUUGGUCAUUAGCACAGCUGUGAAGGCCAUGAUGUGUCCCAAAAGAUGUAUGUGUCAAAACCUGUCUCCAUCCUUCACAAUUCUCUGUACGAAGACUGGACUUCUCUUUGUGCCCCCCAGUAUUGACAGGAGAACAGCAGAACUUAGGUUAAUGGAUAACUUUAUCACUACACUUAGGAGAAAGGAUUUUGCAAACAUGACUAAUCUAAUUCAUUUGACGCUAUCGAGAAAUACAAUAAGUCAAAUUAUGCCUUAUGCAUUUUUUGAUCUUAAAGGCCUUCACGCCUUACACUUGGAUAGUAAUAGACUGACUUACAUCAAUGAAGAUCACUUCAAAGGUUUAAUUAAUCUUCGGCACUUAAUACUCAGUAACAAUCAAUUAAACUACAUCUCUCCCGGGUCACUGGAUGACUUUAUUGAAACAAUUGAAGACCUGGAUCUAUCCUACAACAACCUCGUUAAUGUUCCUUGGGAAACAAUUGCCAAGCUUUCUAAUGUCAAUACGGUUAGUUUGGAUCAUAAUCUCAUCGAGUUUGUGCCAGAGGGAAUCUUCUCAAAUCUUCACAAACUUGCCCGGCUAGACAUGACGUCCAACAAGCUGAAAAAGAUCCCUCCUGAUCCUUUAUUUUCCAGAAUACCAGUAUACGCUAAAUCUAAAGGAUCUCCACUGUCAUCUCUGGUGCUUAGUUUUGGAGGGAAUCCUUUACAUUGCAACUGCGAACUAGUGUGGCUGAGGCGUCUCACCAGGGAAGACGAUCUGGAAACGUGUGCCUCCCCGCCGGAACUGAUGGGCAAAUACUUUUGGUCUAUUAAAGAGGAGGAAUUUGUCUGCGAACCUCCGAUGAUAACACACCGAACCCCAAAACUGACAGUAACAGAAGGCCAAAGCGUCUCUUUGAAAUGUAAAGCUGUUGGCGAUCCAGAUCCGUACGUUCGCUGGAUUUCACCGGAUGGGAAGCUGGUCUCUAACACGUCUAGGACUAUUUCUUAUGAGAACGGUACUCUGGAUAUUUUGGCUACUUCUCUGACUGAGAAGGGCAUGUUUACCUGCAUAGCAUCGAAUGCUGCAGGAGAGUCAACAGCUCCAGUUGAACUCCUCGUUACCCCAUACCCUAACCUUGCUAACAGCACCAACUGUGAUAAAGAUGCUGAGCCUGGCCCUUCAGAUAUUCUUAUAUCUGCCAAGUCAAGUUUUCCAAAUGAAACAAAGGCUCAGCAAGAGAAGGCGGUCACGGUCGCUGAGCUGACGUCAUCCUCUGCUCUUAUACAGUGGCCUUCUCAGCAUCACCUCCCGGGGAUUCGAAUGUACCAGAUUCAGUAUAACAGUUCUGCUGAUGACAUAUUAGUGUACAGGAUGAUCCCAGCUGCUAGUAAAUCCUUCUUCUUGACUGAUCUGGUUGCAGGACGUGAGUACGACCUUUGUGUUCUUGCUGUUUACGAUGAUGGAUUGACAUCUUUGACCGCAACCAGAGUGAUCGGAUGUGUGCAGUUCACAACCCAGGAAGAAUACAAGCAGUGCCGAUCCCUUCAUGCACAGUUUCUUGGAGGAACCAUGAUCAUCAUUAUUGGUGGAAUCAUUGUGGCUUCAGUUCUUGUUUUCAUCUUCAUUCUCCUCAUGAAAUAUAAAGUCUACAACAACCACCACAAAAAUAAAACUACGAAAGUUAAUAACGUCUGCUCUCAAACCAAUGGAAGCCAAAGUGGCUCGAUGGCGCGCUCCACUUCUAAACUCGCAGAGAGGAGGGAAAGUUUGCACCAGGAUUGCUCGGGAUCUUCCAUUAAAGGAAAAACUGUUGUAGAUUUGGAUUGUGAAAAAGUGACUCCGACCAACGCAACCUUUUUAACAACUGAUGCGUUAUCUUAAUGGCCAUUUGACGGAACAGGACACAUGCUAAGGCGGUAUUGCUUGAAACAUUUUAAUGCGAGUGGUUGUAUUUUAAGCCUCACUACUAUUGUCUAUUUUUAAGAUCAGAUGGUUUAAAAAAUAUUUUUUUAAUCUGUAAACAGUUCUUGCAUUCUUAACUAUUUUGUUUCAAUAUAUUAAAUAUAAGUGUGUGAUUUACAAGAUUUUUUUACUGGUUCUUUUAUAGCAUUCACCUCUGGUAUCGAGGCAGCAGCACAGCUAAAUUCUGACCAGGUUUGUCUUCAGUGAAAUGCACUAUUUCUUCAUUUGGUUACCAACUAGCAGCAAAGAUGUACUCUCAGGAUCCUCAGACUUGCUUUCUCAUGGCAGAAUUAUUUAGCAGCCUAAACUACUCAUCUCUUAAGGAAUGAUUUGUUAUUGAAAGUUAUUAGGUUGUCAGUAUGGAGUUUUUUAUUGCCAUAGAUGCAUUGUAUACAUGCAGCUCACAACAGAAAUAAAAUACAUAGAGGUUCCCUAUGGGGGGAAAAAAAAUUGCUACUCUUUUAAAAAAAAAAAAAAA